AUGGACGAAGAUACGAGCGGUCGGAGACGAAGCGGACGGCCUACCGCGCAGCCCUCGACGAAUGGCUUGCGAGACUUGAGGGAUGGACCCCGGGCGUGUCAAAACUGUCGAAAACUCAAACUGCGAUGUACGAAUGAAAAGCCGCAUUGCUCGACAUGUAUCUCCAAGAGCAUCACAUGUGAAUAUGACGACUCCACGCGCCAGUCCGGUCGCAUUGCGGCUGCUGCUACGACGGCUGCUGCCGCAGCAGCAGCAGCGGCAGCGGCGAGCACAAGCCGCAAACGUCCAGCCUCAGCCUCAACCUAUGCUCAAGUCAAAGAGUCCAGGCAGAAGAAACGUGCAGCUGCGGCUGCAACCUCGUGUGAUUUUUGCCGGAAUGACCUCCGUCGCAAAUGCGACGGCCUCCGCCCCUCGUGUCAGUCUUGUAUCAAACGAGGAGUAACUUGUCAGUACUCUGGCCCGGCCCUGCUAUCUACGACUACUUCAGCAAGUCCCACCACUCCGCUUGCCACCCAACCAUCUGUUGUCACUGUCGUAUCCGACAAUGAGCCUGAUUCGGACGUCGCCAUGCGUUCGCGCUCAGGCAGUCCAGAUAUUCCCCUAGCUGAAACUGCCAAGGAGGAUCCUAAAAUUCGAUACCCCCAAGGAAACGGACUUGGAAAUCCAGGAUCGAGUCGAAACCCAGAUGGAUCAAAUUGCACAAGACCGGUGGCGUGUUUCUUUUGCAUCCAGGUGGAAUUGCCUUGUACGGGAGAUUAUCCGACUUGUGUCAAUUGUAUUCGUCGGAACCGCGUGUGCGCUUACCCGGAACCUGCUAGCUACGCACACCAAUUCCCGCGCCAGAGUGCUAUGCACGCUCGCCAGCUAAAGAAUGGCCCUUCUUCGCCUGGCAAGUCUCUUAGCGGGUCCCCGGGUAAACGUAUCCCCGGGACAGUGGACGCAGUUCUUAGCACUGCGCGAACCGGUAUACUCGGCGGUGGACCGGUAUCAAUUCGCGAUAUUGUCGAUCCGCCUCAUGGGGGCACACGUGGAGGUGUAUUGGAUGCUCCCCCUCGAGCAGGUGUACUCGACACACCACCCCGAGGAACAAUUGAAACCACCAAUAAUACCCCACGAGGAACCCUCGACGCACCCCGAAAUUCACUUGAACCGACUCACGCUCCUCAACCUACACUGUACACAUCUCGCCCGCUAAACCGUAGCCAAGCAACGCCUACUCCUCCAUCCAUGAGUGUCAGCCCCAACUCGAGUGGUGGAGCAAGCAUUCAAGUCCUCGGCGCUACACCUAAAACGUCUGAUCAAAAUGGGACUCUACCGGCCCGUUCCGAGAAAGAGCCGUCUGAAGGGUGGUCAGGUCGGUCGAGGACCGGGUCGACAAGCGCAGAUAUGUCAAGGACGUUGUCGGAUAUUAAUUUGGACCAGUACCGUCCACCUAUUCAACCUCAACCUCAAUCCCAGCCUCAACCUCACCCAAAUUCUCAGCGUGCUUCACCAAUUUCGCCGAUCCAGGCAGCCAAUCGGCCCCAGCCAGCACCCCCCUACAACCCGGGAGGUAGAACGCAGUCUCCUCCCAAGCUUACUGUCCAGGUCACAAAUUCUGGUUCCCCGCGCACUGCACCGCGUCCUGUAGUGUCUACGGGGUUGUCUUCGAGACCUGGCCCGUCGUUGGGCAGGUACGGUGAUAUUCCUCCGAGGGAAACAUACCAAGAUGGGAGGCCUAACGGGUCGGAGUUCAGAUCACGCGCACGACCUCCUGUGAACGGACGAGACCGAAGGGAUUCUUUUGAUAAGGAUAGAAGAGAGUCAUUUAGCGAGAGGGAUAGAGAAAGGGAUCGUGACCGAAGAGAUUCGCUGAUGAGCAGGCGGGAUUCAUUUGAUCGCGAUCGUGACCGCGAUAGGGAAAGAGACAGGGAGAGGUGGGAUUCCUAUGACCGAGACAGGGAUCGUGACCGAGAAAGAGAAAGAGAAAGAGAGAGGCGAGACUCGAUACGUGGCCCACCACCGCCCUCUACGUGGGCGACAGCCCGGGAUCCACCUCCACCUCGACUGGACAUCCGACCUCUCAUUGUGCCACCCGACCCGAAAGUUACCAGCCCAGUCGUGUAUGCUCGACCGCCCUCUGCAAGGUCAUCUCCCGCAGAUAUGGAAAUGGAUAGCAGUUAG